CAUCACUGACCGCUCCCUACCUUUGCUCAAGAUGUAUAAGCACUGCGUGCUCAACAGUCAACACUCAACACCGUGUAACACCGCACGCGUGCACAUGUGGCUGCGCAUGCCCUAGCAACGCGCCAUUUGCCUCUUCUACCAUUCAAAAUCUCCAUUAACAUUAACUAUACGCUCUCUCAAGCCCUACGCAUUUCAUUUCUCACUCUUUCAUUGCCAACGUACAACGCCUUGCCUUCUGCCUCUCUCUCUCUACUGCCGCCGUAGGAAAUGAUUCCUCACUCUUACGCUACGGACACCCAAUCCAAGGCCACCGAGCUCGCCUCCACCGUCGCCGCCGCGGUUUCUCCGCCGCAGAUCGCCUCCGCCUGCGCCGCCGUCGAGUCCUUCCUCUCCAAGCACGCCCCCGACCAGCAGCGUUGGUUCUUCUCCGUCACUUUCCCUGCCCUAAUUUGCAGAAUCUUCGGAUUCGAUGACUCAUCGCCUCCUUCUGCAACGACGAAACGCAAUGGGUGGAUAGACGUCGCUACUUCCGAAAACGAUUCCGAGCUUUCUGGUAGACUCUUCAGCCUUCUAUCACCAAAUGGAUUGCUGUUGUCUUCAAUCUCAGGAGUUGAUCGGCUUUCUCUAGUUAAAUACGUCUUCCCCAAUGAAAGAUUACCGGAGUGGGUUCGUUAUAUGCUUCAAAAUGAGAAAGAUUGUAGGGUUUUGAGUGACUUGUGCACUCUGUUUAGGAACAGGAUUAAGGAAGAUUCAAUCAAGGGCACUGCAUAUCAGGUUCAACUGAAUGUUUUGGAGUACUACUUAUUCUGGUUUGCCUAUUACCCUGUUUGUCGGGGUAACAGUGAGAGUUCUGAGACAGUGAAGGUUCAGAGAACAAAAAAGUUUCGGUUGGAAAAUUGGUCUUAUUCAAUCCCCGGUCUUUCAAGUACUAAACGGGAAACAGAAAAGAAGAUAGAGGGUAAUUUGUAUAUACGUCUACUAUAUGUGUAUCUUCAUACAUUUGUGCCAUCCCAAGAUCUGUACGUGCAGCCUUACCGUAGUUCCCUGCUCCAUUAUUCUCCUGGUUAUGAUAGUUCUGUGAUGGAGCGAGCAGAGUUUGUAAUUAGUACAAUGAUCCAUUUUUGGUUGGUCGAUAGUGACUUUUCUCCCUUGCCUACAGACUUGUGCAAGGCAAUUGGUGUUACUUUCCCUUUUAGGUCUGUAUUUGGAGAAACCCCACCUACAUCGGGACUGGGUGAUGUGAUUAAUGUUUUCAUUAAGUAUUUAAAUCUGAGUUCAUUUGGAACUAUGGGUGGGCUGGAUGAGUCUGAAGUCAGAAGUCCUGGGUGGAGAGUUUCUGGUUCUGAUGAUGUUGUAAAGACAAGGGAUGCUGCUCUAAGUGUAAAUUCUAGUGGAUCUUGGAACUUGAUGAUUCAAAGGCCAUUGUACAGAUAUAUAUUGAGAACAUUUCUAUUUUGUCCGGUGGAAUCUUCUAUAAAAAAUGCUACCCAAGCAUUUUCCCUCUGGGUCGAUUACAUGUUACCUUGGUCGAUUAGCUUUAAAGAGUUUGCUGAUCUUAAUGAGUCUUUAGGACUGCCACCUUCAAGCUCAGCAAACUGCAUCAAUGAAUUAUCAACUCGUGGAUAUGCAUCCUCUUGGCAGGGAUUUGUAUUGGGCAACUAUCUGUUCUAUAGCUCAUUGGUCAUGCAUUUUAUUGGAUUUGCUCACAAAUUUCUCCAUACAGAUGCAGAAAUAAUUGUUCAGAUGGUCACUAAGGUAAUUGACAUCUUAACUUCGAAUGUUGAGCUUAUGGAUCUGAUAAAGAAUGUUGACAAAGUUUUCCAUUCAAAAACUGCUGCUGAACCUUCUAAAUCAAUGCUCACUGGAUUGAACAGAUAUAUUCCAACAAUUCGCAAACAGUUGCAGGAUUGGGAGGAUGGCCUGUGUGAAAGUGAUGCAGAUGGAUCCUUUUUGCAUGAGAACUGGAAUAAAGAUUUACGACUUUUUGCAGAUGGUGAAGAUGGUGGGCAACAAUUGCUUCAGCUAUUUUUGUUGCGUGCUGAAUCUGAGCUGCAAUCAGUAUCUGGAAACAAUCUCUCUCAGAAUCUGCAAUCUCUGGAUUCUCUUAGAGCCCAGUUGAGCCAAUUGUUUGGCGGUCCCCUCUCAAAAUCUCCAUCACAAACAUCUCAGCCGAGGCAUCAAUCACGCGAAGAAAUAUUCAAGCCUAGAAGCUUUGGCAGCCAAACAGGGGCUGAGAUCAAGUUCAAGGGUGACUGGAUGAAGCGACCUGCCUCCAGCGACGAGAUCGCAUGGCUAGCCUCAAUUUUGGUCAGUAUAUCAGGUUGGCUGAAUGAGAAAGUUGGUCUAAACCGGGUCGACUCCAACCAAAGGGCCGCUUCAUAUUUGGAGGUUCUGAGCGACGUUAAAAGCGUGCAUGGAACUAAGGAAACUAUGAAAGUGGUUUUCUCUUGCUUUCUCGCUUGGGUUAUGUGGUUGUGCCAGACUGGAGUGCAACUACUGAGAAGAUAUGGUCUGAGAGUAAAUCUCCGGUGGCUAGCUUCUAAAAGGAUAGUUGCGAUGCUCCUCCUUGUUAUCGUGUUCAAUCUUUUGAAAAGAGCUUUUGCUCUGUAGAAAAGUUCAUAUAUACAUAUAUUUGUAUUGGUAUGAAGAGUGAGAUCAAAAGUAAAGAUUGUAUAGAAAACCUCCUCUUUCGUGCAGCAAUUUUGUACCGGGAUUUUACAGUUGACAGUGUUGAUUAAUCUGCAUUUAUGGUUUAUUUGAACAUCUAA